ACAAUUUAAAAUAACAGAUCAUUAAUUAAUCAUAUAGUGUGUUGGUUUUAAGAAUUGUAUGUAACGUCUCCAAGAAGAGCAAUAGCAGUGGCUACUCUAGUCAUCUAAAGGCCACAAUUAUGGUACAUCACCACGUUAUGUUGGCUCUCACCUGCCUAGCCGUGCUCCCCAGGUGUGAGGCGUGUGGUCAAGGUGAGUACCUGGACAACACCACGUGCAGACCGUGCCAGGAUGGAAUGUUCCAGGACUUGGUCGACCAUCAGAACACAGAAUGUAGGAACUGUUCCUCACCUAACAGGUAUGACCACGAGUACGUCAUCAGUAACUGCAGCAGAUUCGCUGACGUAGAGCUGGGCUGUAGGACGGGAUACUACAGGACCUGUGGGGCACCUGACGUCUGCGACUGCGACAGGUGCACGUCGUGUCGGGCUGGGGUGGAGUACGACGCCCGCCCAUGCGGACCUGUCACUGACGCGCUUUGUUGUCCCCUGGGGUCGCGACUCGUCAACUGUACUUCCGGUCACGUGUGUGCUGAUGAGAAAGCAUACACCAAGCAAGUGAACUUGACUCACAAGGAAAUUACCGAAACUGACGAGUUUUCCAUCAUUCUGACAUGCGCUGUAGCUGGGUACCCAAGGGACAUCACUCUCUUGAGAGUCAGUGACGGCGCCAUCUUGAAGGUCAAAACCCCCGCCCACUGCACAAGUCUGGUGCACAUGGACUAUUUCCUGUACCCCACCUGUGGCGACAUGACCAGGUACAGGUGUCUGGUCAACUACAGAGAUGGUCAGACGGAAGACGCUGCUCUAGAACUCUCGCACGAUGCAUGUACAGAUGAGCCAAUCAUCAACUAAGAAUUAAGGAUUUCGUUUUCAUAUCUCUAAGGCUACAUAGCUACUCAACAAUUACACGUUGUGUGAUUAUCUCAUUGUUAUUGGACUUGUUGUAUUGACUUACAUUAUUGCUUUAUUUCUUAAUAAACACUAAGCA